AUGCAGAGCCAGGAGCUCCAUGGGUCUGAACCGGUCGGAGCAGCCGGUAGAAAGAAGCAGAAAAGAUCGGCUGAUCCGUCGGGACGCGAGGAACCUGACGACGACGGCGGCGGCGGCGACGAGCCGCCCCGACGAAGCAGAAACACGAAGGCCGCGCAGACGUCGACGACGACGUCCGCCAUUCGUGGCCUGCUGCGCGACUUCUUCGAGCAGCAGCUCCGCCUGGAUGUGCAGCGUCAGGAGAUGAUGGCGAGGCAGGCGCAGGAGCGGCUGUUCUUCGAAGAGCAAUGGCGCCAAUCGAUGCGGAGGAUAGAGCAGGAGAGACUGAUGCUGGAGCAGGCAUGGGUGGAGCGCGAGGAGCAGAGGAGGAUGAGGGAGGAGGACAGGGCUGAGAGAAGGGAUGCGCUUCUGACAAGCUUGCUGACCAGGCUCUUGCAAGGAGAUCUCUAG